UUCGUGUCAGUGAAACAACCUAUUUAAAUAGACCACAUUCAAUAAACUUAAUGGGUAAAUUUCUAGUGUAGUAAUUGUUCAUACGUCUUAUUGAUUUGUAAGAAAUUUAAAUUUCGGAUUUCAAAAGUAAACAAUAUUUUAUACUUAAACAAGGUAGCACCAUGGAGUCAUAACAGGAAGUUAUAACAGUGUGUGUAAGCAUUUUACAAGUAUGAUCUAUUACAUAAAACCAUGGAUUUAUCCAAUAAUAUUGGCAAUAGAAAUGGUAUUUGCUUGCAUAAUACCUUACCUGAAAUCCACUCAUGAUGGAGAUGUUGAAAAAGAUUUUCCAUACAUAAGUGACACAGGAAACAAAGGGAUAUCAGCGUCGGCGUUCAGCUUACUUUUCAAUAUUUAUGGAUUUUUAGCAUUUGUCAAUAUAACUAUUAGAUUUGAACAGAUUAAAGUCAACUACAGUUACCAGAAAAGUCGGCCUCGAUACAUUGUUAAUAUAAUUGCUACAGUAGCUGGUCUUGUAUCAUUGUCUGGUAUGGCUUUGGUUUCUACCUUCCAGGUUGGUACACAUGACGGACUACACAACACUGGUGCUGCAUUGGCCUUUGGUGUUGGAGUUUCAUAUUUAGCAAUGCAGUCAUUAUUUUCAUUCUUUUUAAAAGACAUUCCUGGUAGCAAUAUUAUAAUAAAUAUUACAAGACUAGUUAUGUCGAUUCUGCAGUUUGCAUUUUUACUUGGAUCAUUCAUUGUAACUUUACAGUACAAACAAUCUAACAGCGAUCUUUCAAUCAAACGACAAGCAGCGAUUCAAGAAUGGAUAUUGGCUUUCCUAGUAUCGUUUUACUUUUUGACUUUUAUACCAGAAUUUCGUCACUACGACUGGAGAAUACAGCUGGAUGAGACAAAUAUUAAAUCUAACAAAGUAGAUAUAAAUAGCGAUUCGAUUUAUAAUGUUGACUCGAAAUGAAACUAACAAUGACUCUUAGUGAACCAAAUGUCUUUCGAAGUACAUCUGCAGUUCGAAGAAUACUCAGUGUUCGAAUUAAUUAAGACUGGUAAUCUUCAGUAUUUAUAUUUUUGAAUUUUGUCUUACAUAUUUGCAUAAGGGCUUCAAACUUCUUGAGUUUCCGGCAAAACUUUAAAAACUGCCGGAAUAGUCUCACUUUGGGAUCAUGUAAUUAGUAUUAAGAUAUAAACCAUUGAUUUUCCCAAUAAGAUAUUUUGUCACAAGAUGUAAAUUUUGACAUGUUUAUGACGUCUUCACAAAUUACAAUUAAGUGUCCAGUUUAUAUCAGCCUGUUCAUUAAUCAAUUGAAAAAAAUAAUUUUGCAAGACUUGAAUAUUUUCCAAUGUCAUGGACCAAAUAAUGGCUUUUCGCAUACAUCUUCCUUAUCAUCAGUUUAACAUUAAGUGUUGUUAAUCUGUGUGUAAAUUCUACUCAUUCAAUAUAUAUUUGUAAAAGAGUAUCCAUGAAAAAUCUAGUGAAUAAUUAUCAUGAACAGUACUGCAUAUCAUAUUUAAUUAAAGUUAUUGUUAAUAUUUUCAGAAAA